AGAUGGUCUCCAAAGUUAGCUUUGUCCUUAGUGUCCCUCGCUAGAUAUUGCAGUCUGUGGCACGAGCGAUCGAUGAAAAACAGCCAAAUGUAAAACCAGAAGGAAGAGGAGAUAUAGUAGAUGUACGACAGGAAGCUUUUUCAGAAAAACCUCAAAAUUUGAGGAUGUUAUUUGUUCUUCUUCUUCCAUCCUUGUGAUGUUGUGCGGCGUCGUCUCGAAAUCAUAUUUUUUUUCCGACUCGGAGCGGCCCACCCAAGCCUGAAAAGAUGGCGCUCCAAUAUGGAGCAACUACUCCGGUACCGCCACUGCGGCUGGUGCAGACAACAUGGCUCUCCCCAGCAAAAAGCGACCAUCUCUUGGACGUUCAAGAGUGGAUGCCGAUCGCGCAGGGCAAACGAGCCGCUCGCUUUGUAUCCAACAGGACGUCGGGCCUACCGAGUGAGACUAUCAAAUGCAAACAUGUCUGGGUCUGGACGAAGAGUUCGUCCAACUUGUGAUGCAUAGUCUACCGGAUCACACAAACAUUGGUCUUGCUCUUGCAUGAGCUGCCCAUCUUUAAAUAAUACGUCUACGCCAGCAGUAGGGCAUUUCUCAUGCGGAACAGGCAUCAAACGGCCUGCACAAAACCUGUGAAGAUGUUGUUCCGAGCAUUAAGGACUAUCUGUGUGAUUUAGAAAAUGCAUAGACAAACAUUGGCAUUCUUGCAGACUCAGACAUAUUUGCAAUGCAUAAAGACUUAUUAUCGACCAGGACUCCGAUCCGUGGCCGCCGUGCGGGAGUCACGCGUACGAAUGACCACUGCGGCGAAACCCGAUAAUAAAAUAGGCGGAGGCAGCUCCAGCGGUGUAGAAGGAGCAGCAAGUAUUAUAUUAUUUACGAUGAUGAACUUCUCUGUUUUCGAUUUUUUUGCGCGCAAGAGUAGCGAUGGGAAUGGCAGUGUAGUUGUUGCACAUGAAUUUGCACGAAAAGGACAAGUUGCUGUUCUGCAUGAAGACCGUGUGCCCGACCAAGAUGUGCUUUCUGACAGCCACCCACCAAAAAAAUCAAAACAGGUUCAUCUUCGGCGGGCAGCAGCAUUAUGAGCUCUUCCACCAGCAUCCCCUCGUCACACGCGACGCCGCGGUCUUCCGAGCUGCUCAUUUGCGUCGUGUGCUACGACAUCCAAAAUGGUUGGAGCACGACGUUCGCCGACCACUACAAGCUGUUGACCCUGGCCUUCUAUCAAAUGCAAAUAUAGUGUCUGUGUCUGGAAGGUUGCAAGACUUCUUGUCUUGCAGGUUUUAGUAUUUCAUUGCGCGUGGUGAGGUUUGGCAUACAGGACCCAGCAUGACAGAUUCUGUGAGACCUGGAUCUCAUCUCCCAUGCCUCCCUUGCAUGAGAAACUGCCGCUAAACUUGGCCAAAAGUGGACGACUUUUGGUUGUAGUUUAUGCAACAGAGAUUUUUGCACUAGUUUUCCAGACCACUCAGAUACAUUUGCAUUGGAUACCUUUGUCGCCCCCGCAGAGGCCGGCGGCAUCCAGAGGACCACCGAGGUUUUCUGGACCCCAGAGUCGCAGGAGGAUGAAAGCGAAAUCGACCACUGCCUGACAAUACGCAUUGCACAUAUACCUGUGUCGGGAAGGUUGCAACUUGUGAUGCGGAUUCUGGAAUUAGAAUUAUCGGCAAUCAUUUGUGUUGCAUGAGGAGCGCCCUAAGCUGCUCGCUCCUUGCUACGUCGCAAAUGGGGAAUUACUAUCUAAACUGCAGCAGCUGGUCAAAAAUGCAUGCGAGGGGUAUGUUCGGGGGUAUGUUCGGGGGUGUGUCAGGGGUAUGCAAAUGGUAGUCAGUCACGACCUGAAUACAAAUUUUUGGCGAAAAAGCAACAGGUGGGGUAUAAACAUACCCCAGACACACCCCAGACACACCCCAGACACACCCCAGACAUACCCCAGACAGACCCCCGAACACACCCCAGGCAAAAAGUCCGAACAUACCCCAGACACACCCCGGACACACCCCGGGCAGACUUUCCGACACACCCCGGGCAGACUUUCGGCCACACCCCGGACACACUUUGGGACCUCGCCACGCGAGAUGCGCAAUGCCGGACUCCAGUUUGUCACGCGAGCCGCCAGCCUGUCGAGCUUCCCGGGCCCCGUGGGCAAGGCCCAGGGGCGAAAGGCGCCCUCGGUCAGCGCGGGGACCCAGCCCCCGCGUCAUGACCUGGGGGCCAGCUUCCUUUGGGCGCUUCCCGGACACCGUGCGGCCCAGGGGCAAAAGCUCUAGGUCAGCGCGGGGACUCGGUCCCCGCGUCAUGGCCUAGGGGUCAGCUUUGGGCGCUUCCCGGCCGGAAACUAACAGCGCGGCCCAGGGGCAAGAAAGCCCUAGGCCAGCGCGGGGACUCGGUCCCCGCGCCAUGACCUGGGGGCCGGCUUUGGGCGCUUCCCGGAAACUAGCCGCACGGCCGAGGAGCAAAAGCCCUAGGUCAGCGCGGGGACCCGGUCCCCGCGUCAUGACCUAGGGGCCAGCUUCGGGCGCUUCCCGGAAACUAACCGCACGGCCCAGGGGCAAAGGCCCUAGGUCAGUGCGGGGACUCGGUCCCCGCGUCAUGACCUAGGGGCCAGCUUUGGGCGCUUGCCGGAAACUAACCGCACGGCCCAGGGGCCGGCAAAAGCCCUAGGUCAGCGCGGGGACUCGGUCCCCGCGCCAUGACCUAGGGGCCAGCUUUGGGCGCUUUCCGGAAACUAACCGCGCGGCACAGGGGCAAAAGCCCUAGGUCAGCGCGGGGACUCGGUCCCCGCGCCAUGACCUAGGGGCCAGCUAUGGGCGCUCCCCGGAAACUAGCCGCACGGCCCAGGGGUAAAGGCGCUAGGCCGGCGCGGGGACUCGGUCCCCGCGUCAUGACCUUAGGGGCCAGCUGCUUUGGGCGCUUGCCGGAAACUAACCGCACGACCCAGGGGCAAAAGCCCUAGGUCAGCAAGGGGACUCGGUCCCCGCAUCAUGACCUAGGGGCCAGCUUUGGGCGCUUCCCGGAAACUAACCGCACGGCCCAGGGGCAAAAGCCCGAGGUCAGCGCGGGGACUCGGUCCCCGCGACAUGACCUAGGGGCCAGCUAUGGGCUCUUCCCGGAAACUAGCCGCGCGGCCCACGGUCAAUGCAAUAACCCUAGGUCAGCGCGGGGACUCGGUCCCCACGUCAUGACCUAGGGGCCAGCUUUGGGCGCUUCCCGGAAACUAACAGCACGGCCCAGGGGUAAAGGCCCUAGGUCAGCGCGGGGACUCGGCCCCCGCGUCAUGACCUAGGGGCCAGCUUUGGGCGCUUGCCGGAAACUAACCGCACGGCCCAGGGGCAAAAGUCCUAGGUCAGCGCGGGGACUCGGUCCCCGCGUCAUGACCUAGGGGCCAGCUUUGGGCGCUUCCCGGAAACUAACCGCACGGCCCAGGGGCAAAAGCCCUAGGUCAGCGCGGAGACUCGGCUCCCGCGUCAUGACCUAGGGGCCAGCCAUGGGCUCUUCCCGGAAACUAGCCGCACGGCCCACGGGCAAGGCAAAAACCCUAGGUCAGCGCGGGGACUCGGUCCCCGCGUCAUGACCUAGGGGCCGGCUUUGGGCGCUCCCCGGAAACUAACUGCGCGGCCGAGGCGCGAAAGCCCUAGGUCAGCGCGGGGACUCGGUCCCCGCGUCAUGAGCUACGGGCAAGCUCUUGGCGCUCCCCGGGAACUAACCGCGCGGCCCAGGGACAAAAGCCCUAGGGCAGCGCGGGGACUCGGUCCCCGCGUCAUGACCUAGGGGCCAGCUUUGGGCGCUUCCCGCAAACUAACCGCACGGCCCAGGGGCAAAAGCCCUAGGUCAGCGCGGGGACUCGGUCCCCACGUCAUGACCUAGGGGCCAGCUUUGGGCGCGCCCCGGGAGCUAACCGCACGGCCCAGGGGCAGAAGCUCUAGGUGAGCGCGGGGACUCGGUCCCCGCGCCAUAACCUAGGGGCCAGCUUUGGGCGCUUCCCGGAAACUAACCGCAUGGCCAAGGCGCAAAAGCCCUAGGCCAGCGCGGGGACUCGGUUCCCGCGUCAUGACCUCGUGGCCAGCUUUGGGCGCUUCCCGGCCGGAAACUAACCGCACGGCCCAGGGGCAAAAGCCCUAGGGCAGCGCGGGGACUCGGUCCCCGCGUCAUGACCUAGGGGCCAGCUAUGGGCUCCUCCCGGAAACUAGCCGCACGGCCCACGGGCAAGCAUUGCAUGCAAUGCAAAAGCCCUAGGUCAGCGCGGGGACUCGGUCCCCGCGUCAUGACCUAGGGGCCAGCUAUGGGCUCUUCCCGGAAACUAGCCGCACGGCCCACGGGCAAGCAAUGCAAAAGCCCUAGGUCAGCGCGGGGACUCGGUCCCCGCGUCAUGGCCUAGGGUCCAGCUUCGGGCGCGUCCCGGAUGGAAACUAACCGCACGGCCGGAGGGCAAUGCAAAAGCCCUAGGUCAGCGCGGGGACUCGGUCCCCGCGUCAUGAUCUAGGUGCCAGCUUUGGGCGCUCCCCGGAAACUAACUGCACGGCCGAGGCGCAAAAGCCCUAGGGCAGCGCGGGGACUCGGUCCCCGCGUCAUGACGUAGGGGCCAGCUUUGGGCGCUCCCCGGAAACUAACCGCGCGGCCGAGGCGCAAAAGCCCAUCCUAGGUCAGCGCGGGGACUCGGUCCCCGCGCCAUGACCUAGGGGCCAGCUUUGGGCGCUUCCCGGAAACUAACCGCACGGCCCAGGGGCAAAGGCCCUAGGUCAGCGCGGGGACUCGGUCCCCGCGUCAUGACCUAGGGGCCAGCUACAAAUCCGGCGCCAGCUUCUUCCUUUCAUCUGUUCUCUUUGUUCGCGGUAGGCCAACGGGUCUAGUGUGGGCAAACAGAGGGGCUCCGUCCGCAGAUCUGUCGCGGAUCAGGGGGCGCAGGCCACACAGAGACGCCGGGUUGCAGGGGCCUGCCUGCCCGGUGCCAUCCACCAUGGCCCCCGAACUCGUCCCAGACAAAUGCCGGAAGGUCGCCGCACGGGGACUCUGUCCCCGUGCUCGGACCUUGUUUCUCAUGCAGGAGAGUUGAGCUGGGCGCGCUCAGAUGGCACCCCGUCCACGAUUUUCUCCCGAUUUUUUUAGAUUUUUUUUUUUAAAAAAAAUUUUGAAGUCGAUGUUUGCAGGUGCGAAGUGGCCUGCUUUGAGAGCCUGCUUGUGACUGCCGUCAGUCGUAUCUCAGUACUACAUCACGCCAACAGUAUUUCAACUGCACUUGCCCGCGAGUCAUCACCUGUUUUUUUGGUUGAGAUGAACAUAUACAAUAGCUGCAUCAAUGCUUAGACAUAAAAAGAUCGUAGUGCUACUGUGUUCGCGUUUUUUUUUCAAGGAGUGGUGAUAGAUAUAGAGCUAGCUAGCACGCAAUCCCGUUUUUUUUUUACUGUACUUACACAAUUAUGUAUUUCAUCGUGAUCUGCACGUCGCCCGGGUCCGUCGUCUCGCCACUCCGCAUCGCCGCGUAGCAUUCCCGCCUCCACCGUCAGCUGUCUUUUUACCGCGUCCUCGUUGCGACUUCGGAACCCGCAAAACCCGAUUGUGAUUCAUGAUGUAGAGCGGGUCGAUGCGGGGAAAAAAAGCUCAACCUUCCGUAGAAGGGAGGAAAAAUCCACUUCCAUCCGUCGGCAGCAAGCAGCAGAUCCAACAGCACCACCGCUGUUUCGUCCGCAUCUCGACGUCCACUUUCCAGUCGUCCGCGCCACAACGAAGGUUGGCGUAUUCGCAAAUCCGCAUUCGCUCCACGCCGCCACCACAGCUCGUCCACGCUGCGAUAGGAACCACCUGAGGUUCAAAGUUUGCGAAGGCGGACGGAAGUUCCUCCGUCGUUCCAAAUCCGCACUCCAGCCUCCGCUCGUGGCUCCGUAGCAGCCAACUCCGCAUCGCGUCGUCGCAUCGCGGAUCCACAUCGCCGUUCGCAGGCGGAGCAGUCGGGCUCAACGCCGCAAUUCCGCUUUCCACAUCUCGCUGCCACCGCCGGUAAGUCCACAUCGCAGCUCCGCAUCCACUCCUGCCGCCGCAAAUCCGUCUACGCCGCCACGAGAACCACCAAAGGUUCAAGGGAAGCGAAGGUUGUCGUCGCGAAAUCCACAUCGCAGGUCCACCGCGCGGCUCCACAUCGCAGCUCGCCAACGCCGAUCCACAUCGCCGCUCCACAGCUCCACAUCGCAGAUCCACAUUCGCUCGCUCCACCGCAAAUCUCCGCUCACGCGGCGAUGGGAACCGAUGGGGGUUCAAAAAAUUCCAACGCUGCGGUCGCGGCGUCCACAUUCGCAAAAUCCACAGUCGCAUCUCCACAUCGCAGCCCCGUCGGCACUGAAUUCGCGGUGCAGCCCGACGGCCCGAUCCGGUGUGCUCGUCAGCACAAAGUUCAAACUACAUUCUAUUGUUGGCGUGAUGUAGUAGCAGGCUAUUUUACAGCGUAUGCUAAGGCACGACUAUCUUUUUCUAUAGUAAACACUACAGCCUCCCGAAUUUCUAUCCCGCCCGGGGAGGCGGCUUGCAUAAAGCACUGCACGCAUGCAACUGUCACACCGAUCGCGCUUUUCUUUACUCUGUAUAGUCGCACCGAUAUUACACAUGCGCUUCUGGUUCAUCACCGACUUUUCAUUUGUAUGCUGUGAUCUACACCGACAACGUUCUCACCGACUUGUGCAUUCAUGUCUUGCAUCGUGUUUCAUCAAAGUUUGUCAUGGGCAACAAGUAGAACAUUAUGUAGAAAAGAUGGAAAAAAGCAGCAACUAGCUGGACGUCGACUCUAUAACUAAACUUUAAUUUCCCCCCUCCUUCUGUAGAUGGUUCUGCUUGAACUCAAGUAGAACAUUUCUACAAAGGAGGAAUUUUACAUUUGCGCCAACAUCUCACACAUCCACCAUAACAGAGUUGUUUUUGAUAUAUUAUACAGAAAAAUUUUACAUAUUAUUUUUGAUUAACAACUCUGUUCCCGCUCCUAUUUACGUGUUGAGCUUUAUUUAUUAUUCCCUCCUCCACGUGUGAGACUGUUGGAUAUGGGCCUCCUGCCAGUAGGAACAGUGAGUUCUUUACGAAAACAUUGAAGCCUACAAAUAUCAUUAAGUCCCCGACAAAUUGAUUCACUGACUGACUUACUGGUCCAUACUUUUACUAUUAUGUACUUGUGGCAAGAUGAAACUGUGCAUUUUCGAAGUAUAAAAAGUACGAAACAAUAAAUCAAUCAAAACCUAGUAAAAGUUGCUUGAGUAGUAUCCUCUGGUCGAUCAAACCGACGGUGAUGAAGCAGCAAAUAUUGGUAUGUAAAGUGCGACUAUUGCAAACAACUUUCACGGCCAAAAUUAUCCGUCCAACUACUCAUCCUCAUCAUCGGAUCCGCCCGCGACCGCGUUGUUGGCAAUGGGGGCGUUCUCGUUGGCCUGCGCACCACCCGGCACGUGCAACUGGAGGUUGAUUCUGCGUCUCUGGGGCGCGGGCUGAUUGGCGUUCGCACCGGCCGGGUCGGCACCGUUCGGGAUCUGGCGGGUGAUCUCACGCCAGAGCAAUUGCUUCUGGGCGGGAAAGAGAAAACUGAAUGGCACCGUCAUACUGUUGUAAGCCUGGUCGGACUCCUGGUACGAUCCUGAUAUUAUUUUUGGCUUGAUGUUGUAGAUGCAGUUUCGCAUAGUAUUAUGCUCAUUUUUGCUUUGCAUAAACCAAUCUGUCUUGCAUGCAGUAGGUCGUUCUUCUAAUUGCUUACAACCAAGAAAUUUUCUGUGCGUAUACCGUUCGCCAAAGCGAUCCGCAACGGACCCUCCUCCAACUCCUGCAUGCGGCGGACGAACUUCUCAAUCGUCUCACUCAACUUCUCCUGGUUGGACGGGUACUCGGUGAACAGGCGCGCUUCCAAAUCCUCCUUCAUCGCUAACAUGGUGUUGGCGCGGUCGGCAUGCUCCUGGUGCGCACCACCGGUGUAGCAGUUGCACAUCUCGCGCAUGAUCUCGUGCAGGGAACGCCAGCGGUUGCGGGCGGGAAAGCGGAUUCCACCCAAGAAGGCGUGCAAGUCGAUCAUCUCCUGCUGCGAUCCGCGGUUGUCCCAGUCAUGCAAGAAGUCAAAAGCGGUGCCAAUGGCCAGGAUGCGGUUGUCGAGGUCCCGCAGUUGCCCCUCCACGCGGGUCUGGUCCAUGGUCAACAAGUAGCGGCGCAAGGCACCAUUGUACUGCUGCGUGAAGUUGCCGGGCAAUUUGGUGUAGUACAACGAGGUCGUGUUGGUGUAGGCGUCGUUCAAACCGAUCAAAGUGGUGAUGACCGGGUGCGGCUGGGGCAGGUUCAUCCACUGGCGGAUAGUGUUGACCAUCUGACGCAUCAAGCCCUGGAGAUUUGCAUUGUAGAAAUUACAGACGAAACUAUACGACAAUAAAGCUGGCACUUCAGUAUCAAACUUGUUAUGCAGGAAGAUUCGUUUUUCUAUCAACCAAUAAAGUUCGCUCUCUCGGCUCGUGAUAGCUCUCAACUCAAGCAGCAUGAAAAAGUAGUACCAAAUCAUGGAUCUCCGGCUGGGGGGGCACCUCUCCCUGCGCGCGCUUGAUCGCUUUCAUCGCCAUCUCCUCAGCACAACGCGAAGUGUCGAGCGCGCGGGUCAAGUCAGCCUUGCUAUGCUAUGAAAAAAACCUUGGAGCAACACACUGUUUUCCUUUCAAAAGGUGCACGACGGGUGCAUUCUUCGACUUUUUUAUCACUUCUUCUUGCAUUUCCUCCACUGUAUUUUGACGUCCUGUUCUCUUGGUACUUUUACAGUGCAGCACUUUCUUUUUUUCAAGUCCCAACCACGCGAACUCAUGAGCAUAGCAUGCAGAGUAAAAUCUGAAAGAGAAAACAGUGCUUUGAGCCAAGGUUUUAUCUUUGCAUCGUCGUACACGGUGAACUGGGCGUUACCGGUGCGCAAGAAGGUGCCGAGCUGAAUCUCCACCUGGACCAACAGUUCGGCCACGGCGGCAGCGCGGAGCAUCUGAUGUGGAUUUGCAGUAUGAAAUGCAACAUGCGUGCUCAUCGUUUCAGGAUAUGUUUCUUAUCAAUAUUGGAUGCUUUGUUCGUCAUCUGCGCUACACAGUAGUUCUGUCAUGCAUAGAAGCUAAAAACUUUGCUUCGUCAGUUUCCGACUACGCAAUACACGACUCAACCGAUGAAUCGCGCUCAUUUUGCAAAAGGCACAACACUAUAUACGUCCAUCGCCUUCUCCCAGAACAACUCCUGGAGCGUCUGUCCGCCGUUGACGGGGGCACCCUGCAGCAAUUGGGUGGUGAUGGCGUCUUCCAGCAAAGACACCUGCUGCAGCUCGAUCGCAUUGCUGAUCAUCAUCAUGUUCUCGCGGAUCUCGGGCAUGUUGUUGUUGCCGGACACGAACGCGCGGGCCUGCGCGUACGCCCUGUUUUUUAUUGUCAGAAUGAUGUAUCUCAUGAAAUUACAGUUGCGUUUUUCUGUGGCACUGAAGCAUGAUUUCAAUGGACCGACGUAAGAUUACGAUGUGAACAGCAUCACUUUAUCAACAAAAACACACAAAUAUACCAGUCGCGAAACUGGACCAAGGUCCGGGGCUGGCGGGCCGCGGUCCGCUGGAAGGCACCACCCUGAAACAAAGCGAUGAUUCCCGCGCGCUCCACUUCAUCACGGGCUUCUGGGUGGCGCAUUAAACCGCACAGACGAUCGCACACGCCGAGAGCACGUAACCCGUUGGCCUCAUCGGUCAGGGAGGCAAAUCUCCCCUGGAGAUGGACCUGAGUCGUGGUUCUUGACCAUGAUUUCCACUUCAAAUGGCAGUUUUGUCAUGCAGAAAUCCAUAUUUCACAAAAGCAUCAUGCGAUUGUCAUGUCGGUCAAGUUUGUGAUGCACAAGUUCCAAAAUUGAUGUAGUACUGCCACACGACGUUCUUGUUCGAGCGUAGUAUGAUUGAAAUCGGCCCUUCCCAAACGGGCCGCUUCGCGGGCGAUGAUGUCGGUGCGCGUGAAGAGCACGAUCUGACGCACCGCCGAGGGCAACGCGGCCAUGGACCUGGCGAUGACGGCUUCGUGGGCCAGUUCGAGGUUACCGAUCUGGGCGUCAGUCAGGGUGGAAAGGUACUGGACGCGACUCAAAAAUUAUGCAAGUUGCAACUCUAGCUCAGCACCUCAGCCGCGUCAUGCAUGCCUGGCUACUUCAAAAAUGCAAAAGCGCAUGACAAACUCAUAUGAUCAGAUAUGCUAUUUCACAUGCAUUAAGCACGUAGUCGCACAGUUGGUCGAGACCAAUUUGCAUCAUAGUUAGCAUGACAAAGCAGUAGUGUAAGGUGCUGAGCUAGAUAUUGCUACCAUAUCAGACGGGUCCGCAUGCGACCUUCCUGACGCCAGAGGGCACCCAUGGCAGCGACAUGAUUCGCGUCUUGCUGUAGUGGUAAUUUUUUUGAAUUUACAGUAUGUCUUUUUCACAUCAGCAAGCGUCUGCCCAUCCAUGAUAAAGGCAUUCUAUGCAUGACAAGUUCAAAAAUGUGUACCGGCAGAGCUGCGUUCUGCAGAAACUCCUGGGCGACCUCUCCAGUGGGGUGACGGGCCAAUCUGUUUGCCAUCUUGACACGCUUUUUUUUUCAAAGGAAGAACUCUCCACAAAGGAAGAACUCAAGAAGUAGUUGGCUACGGGUUUUGUGUUGAUGAAGAUGAUGAAAAGCAAGUAUUAGAUGGCGCGCGUCAGAAAUUCAAAAUUGUAAAGUGAAAGUAUCCAAACAACAUCAAGAUCAUCAAAGCAACCACCUUUUUUUCUUCACAAUUACCACUGUCAAAGUGAGAUCUCAGAUCUAUCCCAUAACUUGAACUACAACAACAACAAUCAUCUCAUUCUAGGCACUACAAUGCACUGCUUCAUCUCUCACAAAAAAAAACAAAACAAAGAGCCGACUUAUUUGAUGAUGUCAGCACGUUUUUACCAAGUACUAUGUGUGCUGAAGCUUACGACACGACAACGCCAUCAUCGACGCCGAACUCACACAAAAAAAAACCUUGCUUUACUUCUGUAUUGUGCGCGCAAUUCUACCUCUAUGACAUACUUGCAUGCUGUGCUAUAUCAACUCGAGAAGUGCCUUCUUUUUUUAUGUAUGUUCCACUACUUGCAUGUGCAGUCUGUCAUGCUUCUUGUAUGUCAAUCCAGCGUACUCAAUUUAUGACAUGCACUUCGAAGUCUACUAAUUUGUCAUGCUGUGUAUCACAAAGCAGCAGUACUAUGCUGCUUCAACUUCCCAUGAAGAGUUGCGCUAUGUCCCUAUGUGUAUGCAUGAUGCUACUACUGUGUGGUUUUACUGUCACGCACUACGUCCAUCUACAGGUACACUGUUUGUAUUACAAGUUAUGUACUUUCACACGAAGUAAGGUCGUUCUACGCAGUUAAGAUUGUGCAAAGUUGUCAACGCUUCUGGCUUAUAUAUAGGUCUUUUGCGCGAUGCUAAAGUCUACAGCUGUUCCUAUGUAAUAUUCAAUUUGUGCACUAUAUUCUACUACUUGCAAUGAAACUACUGUCAGGUACACCACUAUUCUACACGGCUGGCCAUCGGUAACUCGGACAAGAAGGCGAAGGUCAUGGUGCAGAUGGUCAACGCGUCAUGGUGGUGAUCUAGGGCUCGCAGGUAUCCGUUCGUCCAUGGUGACCAUCUCCGUUGCCGCAUGACCGCGAGGGUGAAGUAGUCGUGGUGGGCCAAAGUUCGAUGACCAGCCGUGAAGUUACUAUAUACUACUUUACUAAGCUUUUCUUGUUCUAGUAGUGCUCUUUUUGACACCUUCUACGCAUUACAAAUUGACGUUUUCUUGUCUACUUAAGGCUACAUUUUCUGAUAUCCUUUAAAAGUGACGACUUUUCCUCACAAAAAGUGAUCACUUUUUCUGCUCAAAAGUGAACUCGAAAAAUGAGACGUUUUGCAAAUUUGACCUCGAAAAAAAAGUCUCCUGAUUUUCUAGAAGGUGAACUCGAAAAAGUCUCGCGAUAAUGGAGAAUAUAAGUAGGACGUGAGUCCUUUUUCUAGACUUUUUUUUUGACUAUGCAGAUGCAAAAGGUGACUUCGAGGAGGAAAAGCGAGAGACUUUUUUUUGUGCUCAAAAGUGAUCACUUUUGAGCUCAAAAAAUGACCACUUUUUGUGAGGAAUAGUUGAGAUUUCCUUUGAGAGAUGAAUUGUGCAAUAAAUCAAUGCUUUUUGAACCUGAAACUGUGCAGAAUAUAAGUGUGCUCAACUACAACUUGAGGUGCCCGACCACCUUCACUGGGCCGGCACUUGGGACGCCGAUUCUGCGAGCACAUCAUGCUGUUUACCCGCACCUGCAGCAGCCAUCUUUGGCUGCUUUUUGGUCUUGGCCUUGAUCCUCUGCUUCUCCACAAGGACUUCGGCGAUUUCCAGGUAUUCUGCGUCGAUCUUCUGGAAAUCCAACCACGACGUAGUCGACUUUCCGGGCGAGAGGUACUUGUAGGUCUGGUCAGAAAUGUGCAUCAGAGCGUCGAACUCCUUCUGCCUGGUAGCGUCCUUUCCAGCACGUUCGGCGGCAAAAGCACGGAUCUCCGAGGUGUAGGCGGCGUACUGGGACUUCAAAUCCUCCAAAUCAUCUUCGGUGGACUGCGGUUCGUACUUGCUGUUGGAGCUGGCUUUUUCGCAGAUGAUACGGCACAUCACGGCCCACCCGUUUUGGAGGCACUCGACCCAAAGGGGUCCCUCUUUCUCGCCAAUCACCAUGCUCCUCAUGGGCCUCUUCGUCGACUGGCACUUCAUGUCCAGGUAGGGGUGGACGAGGAGCUUUUUCAUGUUGUUCGCCAGCUUGGUGUCCACGCACUUCAUGCUCAGUCGGACAGCAUCUCUUCCGGUUCUCUUGCGGUCAAACACCGUCGACGCUUCGAUGCAUUUCCACCCUUCGACUCUCGUUGCGAAGAGACGAUUAGCAACCUUCUGUCGCUCCAGCUGAUGCAGUGCGUAUUCCUUGCUCGAGAGGUGCAUCUUCGCCGUCGCAGAAAGGGCAGUCAUGCCCUGCGUUUCCACCUGCGUUGAAGCCUGCGUUUGCGGUUCCUCCACGACGAUCUUGUUCGUCUUUCGCCACGUUUCCGCAUGGACGUCAUCCGACUGUAGUGGCAUUGCUACCAUCUUGUUGUCGUCCAGAACCCAGAUCUUGUCGGUCGAUUUCGGCGCGGUCAAAGCCAGCAUCGUAGGCUGCAGAAACUUCUCCAAGUUGUCCUGCAUUUGGGCUUUCUCGCUAUUGCUAGCGGAGGCCCACCCUUCCCUGAGCACCUUGUCCUCCUCCUUUCCCGCCUUGGUCCGCUGCUGCCGGUACGACAGGUUGAUCCGUUCUCCACAGAACAAGCACGCUUUGCUUCUGCCGUCCUUUACGUCGACUUUCAUCGUGUACAUCGGCCCGAGUGUAUCCCGUGAAAAGCAUUGAAGCUGCAAGCCAAGCAUUACUACUAUGCAUUAGAUAUUUGCAUGAAAUAUGUAAAGGUUUUGCGCACAAGAAAUCAAAUUUUGUAAUGCAACAGUCAACAUUUGUGAUGCUUGUCAUGUAGCUUCAAUGUUUUGGUUGCAUACAUCGUAUCCAGGUCGUAUUCGGUGCCGCGGUCGUCGGAGUACAAGUUUAUCCAGGUCAUUCGCAUCCUGCACUGCCACCACUCCUUUCCCGGAUCUUUCUGCAGUGCUAAUUGCACCGCUUUGAACGAUGAUGGAGACAGCACCACGUCUGAAAUGAGGAACGUGUGCAUUUCCCCCGACGGACGGUGCUUGUACUGCGUUAUGAAGAAUGGCGACAAUAACGACGACACGUCGUGCACCCCCUGCAGUACCGGCAUCGCGAUGUUGUCGUCUUCCCCAACUUCGUCUGCGUCUUCUACCAGCAGUUCGUCGUCGACUAUCGAUCGCAACAAUCUUAUCCUGCGAAGAAGGCCAAAGUUUUUGUAUGCAAGCAUGCGAAGCUUUCUGUUUCUUCGCAGGAUAAGAUUGUUGCGUUUCGAUAGCAUCAUCAUCCGGCUCGGCGAGGUUCAGGUGAGCUAGAUCACCGGGUUCGAUUCCAGCAGCCUUCUUCUCUUGUCGCAGCGAUUUCAGCUUACCGCGCUUCGCCCGGAUGAAACGCGAUAUCAGCACAGCAGAAGCCGGUUUAACUUUCGCCCGCACCGUCACCUCCGGCGGCUUUUCCACUGUAAUCAGCUGGUUGGUUCUGUUGCACAUAGCGGGUGCAAGUUUUCGAUAGUCGCCGUCUUUUGUCAAGUACUUUUGCAGCACUCGUUCCUGCGCCCCUUCGUAGUACAGUUUCUCGCGGUUCACGACAGCAAAUUCCCGGACUUCUUCCUCCUCUUCUUCGCUUUCUUCGGCAUCCUCAUACUUCAGCUCCGCCGCUAGUAGCUCCUUCUUCUUAUCCAUUUCCGCUGCGAUGAUGGUGUAUUUCGCUUUUUCGUCGUCGUCCUUCCAGGAAUUCAAUUUGUGACACUUUUCUAGCACGUCCGCCGCUGUCAUCUUCACGUCUUCUUCACCGUCCUCCCACUGGUCUUCCCGUUUCGCAUCUAUCGGUCGUGUGCAGGCGUAGUGCCGUUUCGCUGCGGGUUCGCCGGUAUCGUCGUCUUCUUGAUCCGGUAGCAAGUACGGCCGGUAUUCCUCUUCCACCACCGAAGCCAUGUUUUGCCAGUCCUUUCUGUUUAGCUGCGCGUCCGGUCGUAUGCGUUGAAAAUAUGUAACAUAGCCUCCUGCAAGUAAAAAUCAAAACUGAAAAAGCACUGCAAUUUGCAUGCAAAAAGUUGCGUUCUCAUCAUGUCGUUGCACAGAUUCGUCAUGCCUUAUGUAGUAUGUGGCGCCUUUUCAGAAAAAAACCUGUAAUGCAAGAAAGCUAUGCUACACAUUUUCACUUCAUAACUCCGGGGAUACUCUUGGUUCCAGUCUUGCGCCGCUUCGUAUGCCACUUGUAACGUCCACCCCGUUUUUCGCAGUUUUUGGUGCUGCGGUUGGCAACUUCGAGGUAUUCGGUGAGGGAUUUCAUCUUCGCUUCGCGGAUGUUCUGCGGCAGAUUCCGCAUAUACCGCUGUACAGAAUGAAGCGAUAUCGACCCGGGAUCCCCUUGCGUGUACACGUCGAGCUUGCACUUGUCCAACUGCUCCAUGGCCUUCUUCAGGUCGACCCGCGCGUUCCCCAACCAUGUCUCAUGCAGAUCGCACUGCCCGUCGCGAUAGAGAAGAAUACAGCGGGAGAUGAUGAGGACGUGUUGUGCAUUUAUCCGCGCCAGCUCUAUCUGUUUUGCAUUUUAAUUCUAAAUAUGCAUUUCAACAGUCCUCGUGUCAUGCUGGAAAAUGUGCAUGACAAAAUGGAAAGGUUGUUUUAUUCUAUACCAGUUCAAGUUGCGCAUCCGAAAACGUCACACUUCCGAUCCCGAUGCCGCACAUCAAAAACGCCAGAUCAUCCAGCACUGCCUGUUUGUCGCUGAAGUAGUUGUACGUGCUGACGAGAUCCUCCCGAAAGGUUUGCUUCAAUGCCGCCCGCCCUUUUUCCCGAACAUUGCUCCGCAGCAUGCUACCAUUAUAACGCUCGAUGGGGCGUAUCAAGUGAAGCAAAAGCCAACUCGUCACCAGGAAGAGGAAUUGCGUUCCUGAUUUUGUUAUGAGUUGAAGAUGUAAGUUUGUCAUGCUGGAUUGGCAAAAAUGCAUGAUUUUUGCAUGAGAAAAAAUGUGCAUUUGCAUGCUUUUCUACCAUGCACUUUGUGGAACCGUCGAUGCAUGGCAAUAUUAUGUAUUUGUAGCACCUGUCUUGUUGCGCAUGUCCACCGUAAAACCAUGCUCCAAGAUUUUCUCUUGGCCGAAAGAAAUUCUUUCGCCCAGUCCCGUAAAAAUUCUUCCUAGGAAGAACGCGGUCGCCAGGGAGAGCUGCGUCAGACACGACAUCACCGUCAGCCAUCGUGUCCAGACCGGACAUUUGAAGCCGCGGUACAGACAAUGCAGCGCUCGCAUGCAUUGAUGCUUGCUGUUUCGCGGGAUGACGAGCAACUUCUGCCGCACACUGCAGUCCCGGAAGAAGUCUUUUUUUUUCGUGUCCAUCGGUAGGCGGUCCAAGAAAGCACACAGCUUCUCGUCUUUGGGUGGUUUCUCUCCUUUGUCCCACGGAGCGAGCCAUUGCUCCACCUGGUCGAGGCCGUUGUGGAUCUUCUCCUGCAGCAGCUUGAUGCUGUGAACCUGGAUGAUAAAUAUAGAAAACAAUGUUGAUGCGCAUAUUAUUUCAUUUGUCAUGCGGAACGUCAUAAAAUUUGUCAUGCAGAAACGAAGCAAAUACUGCGUGGCUAUACCUGUAACCAAAGCCUUUUUUGCCAACCAACCGGGUCGAGGUUCAUCAUCCCCAGGUAUAGCUCCGCAACCUGCUUCGUAACAAGGGCGGUUUGAUGGACUUUACAGCGUUGCGUCCAAAGUACAACGUCGGACAAGUACUUGGACGCCAUGAACAGGCCCCCGACAUAAAACAAUGUCGGGAUUGUACUACCGCCGGAGUCCGUAACCGGCGACCAUACUUUGAUGGUGUUCUGCGACCAGUUACUGAAAAAAACUUCCGGCGAGUGAUACGUCCAUAACUGGUCUGCCACCUCAAAAGCUUCACUGUACCCCCGGAAUGCUGAUUUUUGGUUUUGUUGUCGUGGUCCAAAAUCGUAGCUCGAUGGGUACAUCACAGUAUGUGAUGGCAGGAAGACGGAGCCCAUUUUGUCGAUGUUGCCACAGCAAAAAGUUAUUGCCACCAUGCUGAUCAUGACGUGGGCAAACACUUUUAUUUUUCCGCGAGUGCUAUUCUCGAAUAGCAUGUUUUGGCACGUAGUGCCAUCUAUUUCGACUCGAUAAUGUACGAGGGAAAGCCUGCUGCUGUCGUUGAAGUAGGUCUGGCUGAACUCGAAACACGUCUCGACCAGCAGUGCGGCUAGUUUCCACAACUUCCUCGGAGCGAGGUACGACUGCGAGUUGAAAAAGGCCGCGUGCUCCUCCUGUUUUUCGUUCUGUUUCGCCGCCGCAUCUUCUUCUUGCUUUUUUGUCUUCGGCGCCUGGUUCUUCUUCACCAUUUUCCUACUCCGUGUUGUUACGCCGAAAAACUGGUGCGGAAACACAAACGACGGCGGAAGAACAGGACCGCGCCAGUAGAUGCGGAUGCAGUUGUUAUUAUAUAGCUUUACUUAGAUGGGAUUGCGUGCUAGCAAAUUAAUUAUUUUAUCUUAGGUAUGUGGGUAUUGCUUAGUUUAAAAAAAAAACCUGCCUGCUAGUAGGAGAAUAGAAUAUGCAUUUUGUAUUUCCAAAAAAAAAUACUUGCGUUUCCCCGUUCUCGUGCUGGCACUCUUCCGCAGCCCUUCCCUCCUGAUAGCGCAGCCAAAAAAUCUCUCAGCCUUCUCUUCUCACACAAAAAAGCAGCUCGUUUGGUAUUUCGAAAAAAACGUCGCUUCUUGCAUGACAAAAAAAUUACCGAACACUGCCUGCAAUUAUUGCAGAUGUAGUUGCAGUUCGCAGCCGCUUCUCGGCGCAAGAUGUUACUCGCAGCGACACUGCGAGCGCUUUUGUUUUGUGUGUAUCUCCCACCGCCCGGUCGCGCUACCACUUUCCUACCGCUGCCUCUUCUACCCGCGCCGACUGCUUGCCCGGUUCUAUUCUGCAGAGGAAAGUUCUUGUUGCUAUUCACGCGAACGCGAACAGGUGCAGUUUCGUUUCCCUUUUUUACAAAAUAGCCGACUAUACACAAGCCCGCUACAGUUAGAAAGGAAAAUCGAUAAGCUCUUUUGCCGUACUACAUGAUCGUCGUGCUAUGCAUUUCGAAAUGCAUAGCACGAUGAUCAUCGACAAAAGACUUUUCGUUUUUCUCUUCAGCCUUCGAAGUAGCAGCUCUGUAAAAGUCCUCCGCUGUGUGCAGCUGUAUCUCAAAACCGAAUACACGAGGGUCGACGGUAUUAUUUGGCUGCGAAAGUUCGCAGCCAAAUAAUCGAGUAACAGCUGCACGUUGAUCAGUACUAUUUUAUUUGCGCCGCACAUCCGCGUAUGGAUUGUUGUGUGUCGUGAUUACUCAUCGACACACAAGAAUCCAAACCUGGGCGCUAUGCUACGAAAAUAGUACUGAUCGCAUCGCGGAAAAAAAACUUGUCGCCGAGAAUCGAACCGGCGAUCGCAAAAAGGGUGAAAAGGGACUGAGACAAACAACUCGGCCCCUUACCCGCUCGGCCAAACGGCCGAGCGGACUGCAUCGGUCAUCGACCUCGGAGACCCUAUCACAGCCCAAUACGGGCUGUGUACGUUGUCGACAUUUUUGAUCAUGCGUUUCCGCAUGAUAAACUGCUUUGAGCGACACGACGACAGCCAAGUCGUCUGUCGCGAUAGAAGUAUAGUGCCGGGUUUCGAACCCGACCUCGCGAAGGGUGAAAAGGGACUGAGACAAACAACUCGGCCCCUUAACCGCUCGGCCAAACGGCCGAGCGGACUGCAUCGGUCAUCGACCGCGGAGACCCUAUCACAGCCCAACACGGGCUGUGUACUUUGUCGACAACUUUGAGGAUGCGUUUCCGCAUGGUAUACUGCUUCGAGCGAUACGACGACAGUCGCGUCGUGUGUCGCGAUAGCAGUAUAGCGUCGGGUUUCGAACCCGACGCUAUCGACGGCCAAAAGGAACUGACGGAAGCAGCUAGAUCGCUAUUCCGCAUGGUAUGGUGGAGGAUCGACAAGUCGAAUGACCACCAUACCAUGCGGAAUAGCAUCGAUGCAGCAUACCAUGCAGUUUCGACCAAAAAAAUGAGAUGAGAAGGCGAAACCGCUAUAGAAAUGCACCUAACGACGUGAAUAGCAACUUUGUUUCCAAUGCAAAGUAGACCGUUUUUUUCCAAAAUUUUUCAAAAAAAAAAAAUCUCAAAAAAUUGAGAGAAAAUCAGAUGACUUUUUUCAUCUGAGGCGCCCAGCUCAAGGAGAGGCAUCUAGAGUCCUGCAAAAACCUUGUAAUGCUUUUGAUGCUUGCAUCUACCUGAGAGACCAUUUACGUGACCGUGGUCCAAAAGAUGCAUGACAAACAAGGGCACUUUCCUUCCAGACCAAGACAUAUUUGCAGUUGAUAGACAAUCCUGCCGUACGGCCUGGACUUUUGUGGAACACUGCAACCGCGUCUGCAGGAACGGUUGCAACGGUCCGUGACCAUCACGCGAACGCAGUCAACCCCGGUUGGCAAGAUUGCCGCUCACCGCCUGCAGCCGCUCUUCGACGACCUCGCGCUGCAGCGAGCCACGGACGAGGUCAACACUUACAACACCUGGACGCACUGGGCACAGAAUUUUCUGGACUUGGCGGGUGACGGCAUUGACACGAUCUACAAGGAGCAGGUGGACGGCGCGAUUCACAGCUCUUUGAGUAACAUUCAAAGUGCCCUCGGUAAAUACUCAUUACCGGGCCCGGGGUGAAGAUGCCAGGCCUGCAGUCACUGCUCUUGAUCCACUGAAGGGUUGCAUCCUCUAAUCUAAUACAGACAUCGUGGCGCCAGUCGUGUGUAGAAGACGCUGGGCAUGCAUGUUUGUUGAUACUCCUUCUUGCAAAAAAUUAAAUCUAGUGUUACAACCGCCUUCCUUGUGUUUCUUUGCUGGAUGGUGGUAGACUAGAUUUUUCAUGAUCUUCACAGGGAAGCUCGUCUAAUACGGAGCAUCAAGUAGUCGUGAUUUCAAAAGAACCGGACCUGGACAUGAUAUUUUUACUUCUUCAUAAGAAAAUACAACUCGUACGUGGUGUUCAGCGAAAGCAGCUUCCAGUCGUUUUACCGGACCCUCAUCGUCGAACUGCUCGCGGUAUUGCUAGUGGCUCUCUCGAAAAUUACUCAUCCUUCCGACGGUUUCUUUCAGUAUUUUCAAGUUGCAUUCUCUCCUAACUAGACCUCUACGACUGAAAAAAACGACUAUUCAGGUUGGAGACCCGCUUGAGCGACAGUUUUUCGUUGGACGAUCUUGUGGUCACGACGCCGGUGGAUCUGCGCUGUCGAUGCCGAGCCGUGGCGGGGCUGAUGACCAAGUCGCCAACUCCGCGGCCCCGGGGCCGAAAGAUGCUGGUACUUAUUAACUGUGAUAAGUACGCAUUUGAAUACUGUUUCAGCGCUGGCACAAAGUAGUAUGAUUAGGACGAUGCUAAUGGCAGCAUGCAGGACUUCUUUUGUGACGUCCCGUCGCCCGCAGAAAAAACCUCUUCAGAGAUCUUGUUUUGCGUUGUCAAUAAACCAGGAAAAACCGCAUAAACCAGGUUCGGGUCCCAGAAGCAUCAGCGAGGCUACCAUCACAAAAUCCUCUGUCGAGUCCACACAGUCUCUCGUCCGCGCGGGACUCGACAAGAAAGUGCCCUUCAUAAUCAACCACGGUGACCGUGUUUGGAAAUUACGCUUGGAUCUUGGAGUGACGUCGACAGAUGCACGGCUGCACAAGGAAUUUUUCUGUAUAAAUGAUUAUCUGUUUCAACACACGUUUUGCUUGCUUGAUAGCGAUGCAUUUGUACACCAAACAUUUCAAGAAAGGAUUAAGUAGCAGGUCAUUUCAGGGGAGCAAUCUCUCUAGUACAGAAAUUUCUUGUUCUUGCGAUUCUUGAUUGACGGAAACAGGUCUUAUGCGUCGGAUCUCGAAACAUUUUGUUUUUGGGACGGGGGCCCCAGCGAAGACUACGGAUUCAGAUGCUGGCAAAGACACGAUCAAGCAGGAGAAAAUCCGUCCGCACGACAGCAUUGGCAUUGUCGUCCGGGACAGGACUGACGGCGACGACAAAAAGUUUCUGAACGCGAAAAAGGUCUCAGCGGCGUUGCCAUACGGUACAGAUGAUAAGUAACCGUUCUCUUUCUCUUCAGCGGGCGUGUCAUCUGUGGACACAACCAAAUCGAAAGACGGGUGUUUCACUUUUUUUGCAUGAACUUUGAGAUUAAGUUAGUAGCCCAAUGACAUCCUAAGGUGCCUUUUGCAACUUUCUAUCUGACAUCAAAUUUACCAAGAAUUAGAAUACUUCAUCUUCGUAUAUUCUCAGCCAGUGUCAAUUUACUAGGCGUGUCGGUGGACUAGUUGGUCAUGUUUAUUUAAUGCGUCAUGUGCUCCACCACGAGAAGCAGCUUGUACCUUGUAUGGCAUACCAGGUACAUUUGUAUUUGCGUGUGCUCUGCUCACUUGAUGAAUAUGUAAUGCGAAAAAUCUGACUGAUUCUGAUAGAUUUGGUGCAAAAUCUCACAGCCCAAGCGCUCGGGUCUUACGCGUGGAAUAGCUCGCUGGUGCGCUUCGUGCCAGGGACGGAGCUGACCGCGGGGGAUCUCAGCGACCUGCUGGAGGCAGUCUCGGCGCUCCCACCCGCCCUCUUGUCGGAGGUCGAAGAAAUUCUAGUCGACCCAGCUCUUUGCGAGCUGGACUGUACCCACUGCAAAUAUAUCUGGAUCCUCUGCUGGAGAGGUGGAACUUGUAAUGCGCACUUCACAGAACACCAAAACCUCUCAUGCAUAGACAGCGAACGCUGCUCGCUUUUGUCACUGGAAAUAUAGGUAGGCAAUCUGAUAGGCGGAUUAGGCAUCUACGGCGCGCCUUCUCAACAAAAACAUUAGUGCUAGACCUUGCAUGCCAGACCUUCUGAGUCGUGCUCGUGGAAAUCGAAAUGGAAAAAUAAGAAUAACAACAUGACAAAAAUUAACAUCUGCAUCCUUCCAGACCCAAACAAAAAGAUAUUUGCAAUGCAUAGAGUGCAUGGAGCUGCAAAUCGGCAACGGCACGACCCUUCGGUUCCGCUAUUUUACAAAGGAGGAGAAGCAGCGAAUGGAGGAAGACAACUCCGAGCCGUUUCGCGAGUUCCGGCCAUUGACCGCGGAGGAGCUCGGUAUAGACUUUUUGCCAAAGUCACAAGGCAGUCGGAGCGGUAGUUUUGUUGGUUUGUAUAAUUGUCGCUUCGGGCACGUUCGUCUUCGUGCUUCUGUUUGUUAUUGUUUCCAUUGUGUUGCAUGUGAAUGUCGUUGAGUAGCCUUACUUGGAGCAGAAUGUUUGCGUGAUAAGUCCUCGUCAAAUUAAUGUUCAGAUUCCCUAAUGUCCACCACGCAAGCGACGACCACUUUCGAAGCAGCGGGUGGCGCAACGGAACAGAAUGCAGGCAAGGAGAGAACCCCGGCGCGCUCAUCGGCCAGCGCAAGUUCUGCGUCCUCAGCAAGCGGCUUUGGCAUGAUGGAACACGAGGCGGAAUUGGAUACCGGUCAGGAAGAAGAAAUUGCCGCUGGCCCCCCUACGAAGAAGCGGAUCAUUGCAGCACCGGCACAGGAACCAGGAGGUGUUCUACUUAAGUGUUUUGGAUAGCGGGGCUGUUUGAUUAUGCUAGCAGGCGUCAUUGGAAUCUGUCCGUGACCGUGUCAUGCAAUGGAUAUUAUAUGUGGUUGCAGAUAUUUUCGCUUUCUUCACCUUUUCCUACGGACAGAGUAAAACAUUUAAAUUCGUAGGUAAAGAUGGUGCAGAGAUCACUUGGACUGGCAAGACCAAGACUGCAGCGCAAACGACACCGCGGCAUGCUACAAACCAAGAGAUUCCAAAAUCAAGCCGAUCCGCGCGUCGCGAGCUGGGAUCUGCGCCGAGGACAGCCAAGAAAGCAGCAAAAUGGGAAAGGGGAGAUCGUACUUAUACAAAAAUAAAAAUGAUUUUCGUUUUUCUGCUUGCAGCUACCGCACGCUUUCUACUGACAGAGCCUCAGGCUGUAGUGCAUCGGAGGUAUCAUGGUAUACGCGUGUAGUUCAUGGGUUUUGGUUCCCACCGCCUUCUCAUGGCAUUGGCAUAAAACGCAAAAUACAAAAAACAGGUUCCCGCGCAGCUUUGGCGCAAGAGCUAGAUGAAAAGUGUGACAGGGAGGCGAGGGUCAGGAUUGUCAACACCGUUCACAAGCGGAUGGCCGGACAAAUCGUCCGAAAGUGUCAUGUGUCGCAUAGAGAACUGCAAGAUGCGGAACGAGCACGGGAGGACCGGUUUCGUACGGAUCUGCGCGUAGAAAUGGGCGGAAAACGGGGUAAGAAGCCAGGAGGAAGGGUCGCAGACACAACGCCAGUCGGGCAUUUGCGGCCGGAAAGGAACGACUCCGAUGCACAGGUUCGCUGCGAUUAUUUCAACCAAUCUCUACGAGUUGGAAGGCUUUGGUUCCCUCGUGUGCUUGUGCUGCUCAAAUCCCGUCGAGUCGAGUGGAAGCUUGGUCCCUGUGAACUGUGCCAGAAUUGCAGACGUUGCGUUCAGAUUCACCGUAGAGUUGCAUCAGUUCUUGUAGAUAUUUCUGUAGAGCACACAAAAACUUGAACAGGUAGUUAGCGGAAACGCAGAAGCCGCGCCGCGGAGUGCAAACCCACGAACGCUGUGGCUGGAGCAGCGCAAAUAUGAAUCAGCUCGUUUUGAUCGGUGGGCGAUCCAAUGGGACGAGUACGAACAGAUGGUGAUCAAUGCGUUGCGGCGCUCCUGGGGAUUCGGGUCAACAAGUGCCGCGACUGCCGUGAACCCAGACCAAGUCCUCCAGCUUGCUGAUUUUCUGCACAGGCACCACAUUUCUCGUCCGGAUGGAACUGCAAUCGAUGCGGAAUUCGAACGGCUUUUCCCCACGCACGAGGACUUGUUGAAUAGUCUACAACACAUCCACCUGCAUCCCUACGACAGCAACGCGCGGCACAAGGGCGAGUACACGCAGAGCUUUCUCGAGGAGGUCGCAGGCCUUUAUGGUGCCAGUGCCUCGUCUACAAGUCCGCCAGCGCCCGCGACCGCUUCAGCCGCAUUUUACGAACCAAAAGUGAUUGCUCAUAAGGUCGAGUCAAUUGUUUUUAUGUCGUGGUUUAUACUGCUGGCGAUGGUCGCAGUUCCAGAGGCGUCGCAAUCUAAGCACGACAACCUCCUCGCAAUGAAGUCGCUGUGGUACCAGGCGGUCGAGAAAAAGGGCGACGGCGAUAAGAUGUAUUUUGAAGGAAUGCUUGUGCAUGUGAAUUGCAGCUCCAAAAACACGCACUUUAACAUGAUUUGA